UCCAAAAAAAAAAGAACGCCAAAUCCAACUGGCACAGCCCAAAUCUUUCUCAACUCUUCAUCUUCUUCCUCUCAAUCCCUCAAAACCCUAAUUCCAAUCUCUCUCUCUCUCUUCAAUGGAAGCUUCCGUGGACCGCAGAAAGCAGCCCCACGCUCCGACCGCCGGAAACGGAAACGCUAACGGCGUCGCAUCGGCGGCGGAGGAGGAGGAGGGGGAGUUGGAGGAGGAGGAGGAGGAGGAGAAGCUGAGGCUGAGACUACGAGCGAACGAGAAUCACAAGCCGGAGAGCUACGAGGACUUGCAAAUGCAACUGGAGUUUAGCCCUCUGCUCUUCAGCUCGCUCGAGCAGUACUUGCCUUUCAACAUGCUCCACGUCUCGCGCGAACUCAAGCUCCAGUACAUGCGCCAUAUUCUCCUCCGUUACUCUCCCGAAGGCGAACGCGCUCGUGUUAAAAGGCAUAAAGAAUACAGGCAGAAGAUAAUAUUAAACUAUCAGCCUCUCCAUAGGGAGCUAUAUACUCAUGAGGCAAACUUCUUUGUCCCCUCAUUUCUUAAAGCAAUCGCUGAAAAUACAGAGGAGAGUUUUAGAAGUAUAAUGGUUGAGCCCUCUCCUGGAAUUUAUACAUUUGAAAUGCUUCAGCCACGCUUCUGUGAAUUGUUGUUAUCUGAGGUGGAAAAUUUUGAAAGAUGGGUCCAUGAGAAAAAAUUCAGAAUCAUGCGACCUAACACAAUGAACAGAUAUGGUGCUGUUCUUGAUGACUUUGGAUUUGAAACCAUGCUUGAAAAGUUAAUGGAGGGCUUUAUAUGUCCUAUAUCCAGAGUUUUCUUUCCAGAAGUUGGUGGAUCCACUCUGGAUUCUCAUCAUGGUUUUGUUGUUGAAUACGGAGUGAAUAGAGAUGUUGAGCUUGGUUUCCAUGUGGAUGACUCAGAAGUCACAUUGAAUGUUUGCUUGGGUAAGCAAUUUUCUGGUGGAGAUUUGUUCUUCCGUGGUGUUAGAUGUGAUGAACAUGUACACUCAGAGUCCCAACCAGAGGAAAUCAUAGAUUACUCCCAUGUUCCUGGGCAUGCUGUUCUUCAUCGUGGUCGCCAUCGGCAUGGUGCUAGAGCCACAACAUCUGGGCAGAGGGUCAACUUACUUUUGUGGUGUAGAAGUUCGGUCUUCAGAGAGCUGAAAAAAUACCAGAAAGAUUUCUCUAAAUGGUGUGGAGAGUGUCAACGUGAGAAGAAAGAAAGGCAGCGUCUGGCAGUUGGUGCAACCAAACUGGAAUUAUUCAAGAGGUUACAGAAACCCACUUCAUGAGCUAUUUCACAUGCAAGUCAUACUCUGAAGUUGUAAAUUUGCAGAAUCUCAUCCUCAUCAACACUUGGUUAUACGUAUAUUUUGCAUUAUUGCAUAGGCUUUUGUUGGUAAUAUAUUAGGGGUAAUUGGUGUAUUUCUGCGCCUUGGUAAUUGGUAGCAUGGAAAAUCUCCUUUCCUUAGUCCUUUGUUGAUAACAUGAGGUAGCUUAAUUGCAAUGUCUCAUUAUCAGCCAACAAUGAAAUAUAUCAAAUCAUAGUCGAUGUACCGCAAGUACAUCGUGCUAGUAUUUUCUAGUUA